AUGGAGUCUACCAAGAACAACGCUCGGAAGAUCUGCGCCGCUGUCGUUUGUUAUGCCAAAGAGCAUCACCAGUCUGUGAAUGCCGUAGUCAAUGCCUACUAUCCUCAACCAUCAUCACUUUCUCCUCGCACUGUCGAAAAGACAGUCCAGUCGACCUCAUCAACUCCCCGAUCUUCUUAUGAGACGGAUAACUGA